GACAUCAGAAUGGACCCUGACGCGAACCAAACCACGUCCGCUCGCGGUUUACCAUCACUGUCCCCAGUUGACUCUUCGGCGCGUGAAGGUUCCUCAGUGUGCAGCAAUUAUUGUAUCACCGGUGAUGGCAAUGACAGUGUUGAGUUGACGCCAGUUCCAGAAAAAGUUAAGAGCACGCCCGAACAGCCCAUGGAGAAGCCGAGGCCCUCCGUGUUGCAGAUAAUGCUCGUACUCUUUGGGUCCCUUGGCCACUUUGCGAUGGGCCUGAGCGUGGCGUGGCCAAACGUCUUGGCCUCCAGCCUGGCCGUGGAAAACAGCACACUUGCCAGUGAAGUGGCAGGGAAUAUGGAAAAAAUGGAUUUAGUUGGCACCACACAGAGUAGAAACGGCCAUAGAGGCUUGGUUACUCAAGAGGAGUGA